UUAAACACACACCAUACGAGUUCGAACAUUAAAAUUUCAACAGGAAAAAUUGAAUACCUACCGCUUCUCUUGACGAGUCGAUCAAUGUAAAUGGUGUUCCCCCGUAAGUGGCGAAAAAGAACUUUACCGCUUAGCUAUAAAGAUGACUCUCACUCUCGCCUGAAGAUUUUGUGUUGUGUUACCUACUGAUCCAACAAGAUGAAGUUGGCUUGUUUGGUGUUGUGCGCGUGUUUCGUCGUGCUCGCCACCCCUGCCAGCGCCCAAAGCCGGCCAGUAUCCAGCAGACCCGGAAGGUUCCUAUCGCUGCCAAAUCCACAAAAAUGUGCCAACAGGCCGAAACAAUUCUUCUUCAGAGGCCACAACUACUUCUUCACAGGCCACGUACCCUCACUGGCCAAUAGAAAAGUAGACUGGCUAGACGGCAGAAAUCUCUGUAGAGAAUACUGUAUGGACUUGGUGUCUCUCGAAACUCAAGAAGAAAAUAACAUGAUUUUCAGACUGAUUCAACAGAACGACGUUCCCUACAUCUGGACCUCGGGUCGUCUCUGCGACUUCAAAGGUUGCGAAAAUCGUCAAGACUUGGAACCCAAAAACGUUUACGGUUGGUUCUGGUCGGCGAACAGGGAAAAGAUGGCGCCCACCAACCAAGUACCACCUAGUUUCGGUUACAACCCUUGGUCGCAAACUGGUCACAAGAAACAGAAGCAACCGGAUAAUGCGGAAUUUGACAUUAAUGGAACUAGUGAAUCUUGUCUAGCUAUUCUCAACAACGUCUACAACGACGGUAUAGCGUGGCACGACGUUGCCUGCUACCACGAAAAGCCAGUGGUAUGUGAAGAUUCCGAUGAACUGCUCAACUACGUUCGUUCGACAAAUCCAGGUCUCCGUUUGUAAUUUUGAAAAAAAGUAUUUUUCUUUUAAGUUUAUUUUUCUCUUAAUGCUGCCUUUAAAUAAAACUGUCCAAGGAAGAUAUUUUUUUGUCAGGUGAUACCUAUAAAUUGUUAAAUGUUUAUAUUUCACAAAUUAUAUUUAAUUUUACGAUUGUAGUAUUUUAUAUAAUUGUUGUAAUUUGUAAGGUCGCUCUUGUAAAAAGUACUUUAUUUAAUAAAACUUUUUUUUUAGGAAAAUA